CUAACUAAGUGUAAGAGUAAUUUAUUUGGUUACCUAUACUAGACCCACCAAAUGAAUAUACUUCUAUGCCAAAUCUUCCUUCGUCUUCUCUUAUUUGGCAGUAUCCAACAUUGAUGCUUGAUCCUAUGCAUCUGUACAUCAAAUUCUCUCCCUCAAACUGUGAAUCUUUUCUCCAUCUCAUCGUAAAGCACAAGCUAUGCCACGAAACAAACGAGGUGGCACUCGUGGAAGGGGCAAUUUCACUCCCCCCAGAGGUGGCCGCGGAACUCCCAAUCCUGGAACCUCUUUUAUACCAUUUGCUGGCGCAUAUGUUCCGCAGAGGCCUCAUACUGGUAAUGUUCACACAUUCCUCGUGCAACUAUAUGCAGUUGCUUCCGCUGCAGCAUGUCGAUUAAGACUAACAAGAUCGGCAUAUCACAGGCUUCACACUUCAAGAGGAAGCGCGCAACACGGAACGUCAUCAUUCAUUCUGGAACUCUGAUCAAAGGUUGAGGGAUACAAAAGUGAGCUUUGUCAGUGCUGGAGAGUUCAAACCAACCGAUCUCAUCCAAGAUUCUGAGGAAGCAUUGGCUGGAAUGACCUUGGAGUCUGCAGAACUAUCUGAAGAAAUCUUGGCUCAGGAUGUACAAAUGGCAGAUCAGGAAAAGCCUAUGGCUGCAUCGUCUUCGUUGUUCAUGAUAGAUACCGAUGGCAGCAAGCCCGUUAAAACUGGUCUUGCACCUCCGCGUUUACGUUCGAUCUCACCCGCUCGGUCGGACUCGAGCGAAGAAGUCAUACUCUUUCACGGACGUAGUCAAUCAGGGAAAGGAGAUAUCAGAAUCAGACACGACGUCCCAGAAUACGCGGACCCAAUAGAUGCUAGGAUUAAGAUGGUGGAAGACAAACUUCUUGAGCAACAUAAACUGCUAGAAGAAACGUUGGAUGAAAAAGAGGCAUCCUUAGAAUCCAUUCCACCCGAGCUAGCAGAGGCUUUGAAUAAAGAGACGUUUCUGGGGAUGACGCCAUAUCAGUGGGCCAAUUCGCCUUCUCCUAACUUUGAAGCAAUUCUACCCAAGCGUCAAAAUAAAGGUCGCCAUCAAGGUCGCGCUAGACGAGGUCAGCAAGUAACUGGAAGGGCAAAUCAUAGUGAUGAAGAAGAUGCCAUGAUUGCAGAUUACAUCGCAAACAUGGACCAGCAACAAAGCAUAGAUGAUGCUAACCAGACUUUCAACAGACGCGAAUUGGGGGGUGAUGAAGACGCUGCUUGGCAAGAUUACUCCUCUGCAGAAGAAACUCAGGAUUCUGAUCAAAAUGAACGGCAUGGAUGGAGUCGUGCGGAGCUACAGGACCUUGAUGAUCUGAGUACGUCAGAUGAGGCUCGAGGCAAAGUCCAGACUGUUUUGUCCAAAAGGAGUCGUGUUAGCGGUUUGCAGUACUUAAUUGUCUGGGAACAUCAGGAUGUAGACGAAGCCAGAUGGGUUCCGCUGCAUGUGUUGCAAGACUCCAACGCGCUCCCGCUCAUCGAAGCAUUUGAAGCUGAAGAGAAGUUGAUCGCCGAAUUUGAAAGUAAUGGAGAUGAAGACAGUGACGACUCCGGUGAUAUUGGUGAUGAGGAUGAUGACGAGCAGGAUCUAGUUCAGAGGAGGAUCGACAGAAUGAACGACGAGCAGAUUGCGAGGCUGAUAGCUAAGCAGGAGGAGCUUGGUAUGGGUGGAGAUGAAAUUUUACUGUUCGAUGAUGAAGUUCAUGAUGAGGAUGAAGAAAUCGAAGCUCCCGCAAUUGAUCUCAGUGGCUUUAUACUGUCAGGCAGAAGAGGUAGAAAGGAAAGACGCCGUCGCCAAGAUGAAUUUCCGCCAGCAGCUCCAUUGGCCGAUGCUUAUGAUGGAUUUGAUGUAAUGGACUUUGAUCGGCCGAGUCUCAAAAAGAAGCCUAAAGGUCGCAAAGGCAAAUUGAUUCUUGAUGACAUCUCGGAUUCAGAGCUCGAGGCCUCAAUGCAAUCAGCAUGGGACAAUGAUCGUGCCAAGAAGAAGGAGAGAAAACAGGAACGUGAAAUACUACGUGCACAAGGAUUACUGACGGGCAAACAUGGCAAGCCCGAUAUGAAAGCAAAGUACAAGGAAGGAAUGAGUAUUGAUGAUGUCAAGGAAGAAAUCAAGAAAUUCUUGAAGGGUGAUAAUACUACGUCAGUACCCUUUCCAUUUCUCAUAUUUUACAUGCUAACAUAAGACAGGCUUUCUCUCCCUGCAAUGGACAAAGCCGAUCGUAAAUUCGUUCACGAGAUCGCCAAUGUCUUCAAAUUAAAGUCCAAGUCAGCCGGCUUGGGCAACAAGCGUUAUCCUAUCUUGUACCGCACUUCAAGAACAAUCGCUUAUGGAGAGCGUGCCUACGAGGCUGCAGCAUCGAAACUUUCCCGGCGUUUUCUUCCUCGUAAUGAUGUAGGGAGAAGAUCAGGUAACGGAUCCAGGCGUGGUGGUCGAGCUGGUGGUGGUGGUGGUGGCGGCUCCGGUGGAGGUUUUGGUGCAGCGAGUUAUCGUGACGGUGAUAUAGUCGGUGCCUCAGCUCCUGAGCUGGGCGUCGGGAACAAAGGAAGAGCGAUGCUGGAGAAGAUGGGCUGGAGUGCUGGCACCGCUCUUGGUGCUCUCGAUAAUAAGGGCAUUCUUCAGCCAGUUUCUCAUGUUGUAAAAACGACUAAAGCUGGUCUGGGAUAAAGAUUGUGCAAUUACCAAAAGGGGAUUUCCGAAAAUAGCCGGGCGUGUAUUUUGCCUCAGAAGUUCAAGGCGCGUCGCAGGCUAAGUUUAGCUUUUGUGGAAUUAAUAGAGAACGACUGGUGGCAAAUUUCAGCUUCCUAUGAAAUGAUUUCCAUCGCAUCACUACUCCUAGUAGAAACUGUAUAUCUGUCGCGUUUUAUUGGAGCGAGGGGAUAUGG